CGAGCGGGAGGAGGAGCUGCGGCGGCUGCGGCCACUCGGGCAGGUCAGCGGCGCAGCGGGAACCCGCCGACGGCGCGGGCUGCUGCUCCCCCAGCGGACGAGGCACGGGCGGCCCAGGGACCAUGGAGCCUGGUGACGCAGCGCACCCUGGCCCGUGGCAGGCUGUCCGGGCACUGCCGCCGCGGCUGCUACUGCUGCCGCUGCUCCCGCUGCUCCUGGGUCGGGGGCUGCGUGCAGGGGCUGCGGCCUCCUCUGCUAGGGCGGAGGCCGAGGACAGUAGCGCCAUGGAGGAACUCGCAACUGAAAAGGAGGCGGAGGAGAGCCACCGGCAGGACAGCGUGAGCCUGCUCACCUUCAUCCUGCUGCUCACCCUCACCAUCCUCACCAUCUGGCUCUUCAAGCACCGCCGGGUGCGCUUCCUGCACGAGACCGGACUGGCCAUGAUCUACGGGCUCAUCGUUGGGGUGAUCUUGAGGUAUGGCACUCCUGCCACCAGUGGCCAUGACAAGUCACUCAGCUGUACUCAAGAAGACAGAGCCUUCAGCACCUUAUUAGUGAAUGUCAGUGGGAAGUUCUUUGAAUACACUCUGAAAGGAGAAAUCAGCCCUGGGAAGGUCAACAGUGUAGAGCAGAAUGACAUGCUGCGGAAGGUAACAUUUGACCCAGAGGUGUUUUUCAACAUUUUGUUACCUCCAAUUAUUUUCCAUGCUGGAUACAGUUUAAAGAAGAGACACUUUUUCAGAAAUCUUGGAUCUAUUCUGGCCUAUGCCUUCUUGGGGACUGCUGUUUCUUGCUUCAUUAUUGGAAAUCUCAUGUAUGGUGUGGUGAAGCUCAUGAAGAUUGUGGGGCAACUCUCUGAUAAAUUUUAUUACACAGAUUGUCUCUUUUUUGGAGCAAUUAUCUCUGCUACUGAUCCAGUGACCGUGCUGGCUAUAUUUAAUGAACUGCAUGCAGAUGUGGAUCUUUAUGCACUUCUGUUUGGAGAGAGCGUCCUAAAUGAUGCUGUUGCCAUUGUACUGUCUUCGUCUAUUGUUGCCUACCAACCAGCAGGGUUGAACACUCAUGCCUUUGAUGCAGCUGCCUUUUUUAAGUCAGUUGGCAUUUUUCUAGGUAUAUUUAGUGGCUCUUUUACCAUGGGAGCUGUGACUGGUGUUGUGACUGCUCUGGUGACCAAGUUUACCAAGCUGCACUGCUUUCCCCUGCUAGAGACAGCACUCUUCUUCCUGAUGUCCUGGAGCACAUUCCUCUUGGCAGAAGCAUGUGGAUUUACAGGUGUUGUAGCAGUCCUUUUCUGUGGAAUCACACAAGCUCAUUAUACCUACAACAAUCUGUCAGUAGAAUCAAGAAGUCGCACCAAACAGCUGUUUGAGGUGCUGCACUUUCUGGCAGAAAACUUCAUCUUCUCCUACAUGGGCCUGGCGCUGUUUACCUUCCAGAAGCACGUCUUCAGCCCCAUCUUCAUCAUUGGCGCUUUUGUUGCUAUCUUCCUGGGCAGAGCUGCGCAUAUCUACCCACUCUCCUUCUUCCUCAACUUGGGCAGAAGACAUAGGAUUGGCUGGAAUUUUCAACACAUGAUGAUGUUUUCAGGCCUCAGGGGGGCGAUGGCAUUUGCAUUGGCCAUCCGGGACACAGCAUCCUAUGCUCGCCAGAUGAUGUUCACAACCACCCUCCUCGUUGUCUUCUUCACUGUCUGGAUCAUUGGUGGAGGCACGACACCCAUGUUGUCAUGGCUUAAUAUAAGAGUUGGCGUAGAGGAACCCUCCGAAGAGGACCAGAAUGAACACCGCUGGCAGUAUUUCAGAGUUGGUGUUGACCCAGAUCAAGACCCACCGCCUAACAACGACAGCUUUCAAGUCUUACAAGGGGAUGGCCCAGAUUCUGUUGGAGGAAACCGGACAAAGCAGGAGAGUGCAUGGAUAUUCAGGCUAUGGUAUAGCUUUGACCACAAUUACUUGAAACCCACCCUCACACACAGCGGCCCCCCACUAACCAGCACUCUGCCUGCCUGGUGUGGCUUGCUAGCUCGAUGUCUGACCAGUCCCCAGGUGUAUGACAACCAAGAACCACUGAGAGAGGAAGACUCUGAUUUCAUCCUGACUGAGGGUGACCUCACCUUGACCUACGGAGACAGCACACUGACUGCGAAUGGCUCCUCGGGCUCCCACACAGCCUCCACGAGUCUUGAGGGUGGUCGGAGAACAAAGAGCAGCUCGGAGGAAGUGCUGGAUCGAGACCUGGGAAUGGGAGACCAGAAGGUUUCCAGCCGGGGAACGCCCCUUGUUUUCCCUCUGCAGGAAAAUGCAUGAUUUUCCCCUAAACUCAGAAGUAGUGGGGUCAGCCUCUGUGGGGAGGGGUUGAGGAUGGCUGCAACCCCAGUGUUGUUUGAGGUGAGGCAUUGACUGGAUUGAAGUAAUGGUUCUAUUUUAUCAGGGUCUGAAGCUAUCUUAACACUGAAAAUUUAAUCCAAGAUGCAGACAGUGAAGAUACAGUGUCUGUUAGACCUAUUCCCACUUUUUCACAUAGUAGUGCGCUGUUUUGGAGUUAAGCAAACAAAAACAUAGCAUGCUUUAAUGGUCUCUUAAUUCAUCAGCCUGCAGCAUCUGUCCAAGGUUGGGCAGGUAUUGGGGAUUCUGACCAGGACAGGCGUCAGCCCCCCUACUCAGCAGUGCCCGUCUAGCUGGCUGGAGAAAUGCCAAGUAAAGGGAGAACAUGCUAGAAGAUAGACCAUGAAGGAAGGCAGCUGAGGUUGGAGCUCCAAGAAUUCUGUGAUACUAGUGUAAAGCGGGACAGAAAAAGCUGUUUGACUGGAGGCUCUGGGAGUGAAGAGAAGGCUACACAACUGCAUCCUUCUAUCUGGACUCCUGAGUCUCUGCUACCUGUGUUUCUUCUAGAUUGAAGAGUAGAAAAUAUAUUGUGAACAUUUCAAUAUGGGGGGGAGGGAGUAUAGUUCCUUCUCUGGAAACCUCCAUAAGGAAGAAGUUAUGAAAUGUUUAAAACCAAAGGCAAAUAGUGUUACACUGUUGUUUUUUAAAAUUAAUCUGAGGACAGGAGGUAUUUAGAAACUGAUAGUAUCGCUGCAGAAAUCAUUCAACUUUUGAGGGCUACCAUGUGAGCUGACUGGGAAAUGAUUAGUAGCAUUGAGUUAUCUACUGUGGAGGUACAGGUGACACCAACAUUUGUAAGAUGCUUAUAUCUAGGGAAAAGAAAGCAACAAGAAACUGAAGAGGCAAUAGGCUAGUAUUCAGAGGGGAAAAACUCUGAUUGAAAAAUUACCUGCAAAGAAAAUACAAUAUAGGAGUCUCAAGACCGGGUCAAACUUUGAUUCCAAACUUUGAGCCGAUACAUGCAUGUGAUUUCAGUGGCCACACAAGAAGCUGGAGGCAAGGCAGUGGACUGUUAAGCAUUAUUUGACCCAGCAGAAAAUUCUAUCUUCUGUAAGAUUAGGAAUCCACACGUUUUGAUACCAAGUGCCACACAGAGAGGAGUCAUUUUCUUGGUAUCUGGGGAGGCUCUUGCACUACCUUAAUGUGUGGAUGUAGUUUGAAAUUUAGGUAUUUAGUUAGGGUUCUUUUGGGGUAUGUUAUUCUACCUGCCCACACCUGUAAUAAGUGAAAUACUGAGAACGGUUGGGAAAAGUUUUGGGUCUCCCUUCCCCCGUCUUUGUGCUUCAGCAUUAGCAUUUUUGGAAAUUCAGCGUCUUAAAAAAAUGCUUUCAUAAUAUGCUGGCAUUUUUCUCCUCAUAGCAGAUGAAAUAAUAUCCCAGUCUAGCACCUCCGUGAUGAAAUCGGGCAUUUAACCUUCUCAACACACAUUUUUAAUGGUUAGAUUUUCCCCUUAGAGACAGGGAGGUCUUGCUGUAUUGCCUAGGUUGGUCCUAAUCCCCUGGGCUCAAGUGAUCCUCCUGCCUCAGCCUCUUGAGUAAGCUGGGACUGCAAGUGUGCAACAUGAUUCCUGGCUAAUUAUUAUUUUUUAAACUAAGACAUAGCGUCACAGCUUUCUGUGUUUGAAUCAGUAGUUUGUACAAAUAAAAAAUUUAAUGAUGUUGAGCCAUGUGAAAUUGCUAAUAUUCAACUAUUUUUAAAACUCAGAUGGCAGUUUCAUAUACAUCAAUAUAAUAUAAUUGAAUGAAUCUUAUUUGCCUUUUUCCUUUUUUUUUUUUUUUUUUUCUUUUUGGUAGGUGCUGGGGAUCGAACUCAUGACCUUGCACUUGCAAGGCAGGUGGUGGAACCACUGAGCUAAAUCCCCGGCCCCUUGCCUCUUUCCUUUCUAUCUACAAUAAAGUCCAUUUUUUAUUUUAUGGUCAUCUGUGGGCUUUGUAAGUUUGAAAAGCCCUAAACAACCUACUUAACUCCAUCAGGCCUCAGUGUCGCUAGGGCAGAGAAAGACUUCAGAAGACCUGCACCCUACAGUCAGAAAAAGAACUUUCUUAAAGAGCCCCUGGAAGGAAGGCUGUUGGGUUGAAGGGUCAGAUUGCAGACAGCAGCUGACAGGCAUGACAGAAUCUUGGAGUUGUGUGUAUGUGCUCAGCCCCAAAGCCAGCACAUGAGUAUUUAUUUAGUAGUUAUUUUAGCAAUGGCCAGUCAUGCUGUAUAAGCUUAAAAGGUGACACAUAUUUUUGUGAAUUGUUGUUUUUGAUUUUAAGGUAGGGGUCUCACUAAGUAUCCCAGGCUGUACUUGAACUCGUGAUCUCCGGCCUCAACCUCCCAAGUAGCUGGGAUUAUAGGUGUGCACCACUGCCCCUAGCUUGUUUGGUUUUUUGAAGGGAUAGAGGAAGGAAUGUCAACCACAGGUUGACACUCUGUGGUUGGUCUCUAUAAAGCCUUGCUUAUAUGUUGCUUAAUUUUGGAGGGAAAACGCUAAUAGAAAAGCCAUGAUAAUUGUUCUUGUACAAAGCCAACCAGGUAGGAUAUACCCUGUCUUCAUCUCAAGCUUUUGUCCUUUUGGAUUCCUAGGAAGCUUUCAGCAGAUUAUAAGAAAUUAACCCCUUAGGAAAGAAAAAUAACUACUAUGCUUCUCAGCCUAGUCUUAGGUCAAUCCAUAGAUGGUUAUGUUUUUCCCCAGAGGGUCUUGUAGUCUUCAUUGCAAACCAUUUAUUCUGACCUACCUAAGUAUAACUAAAUGCAGAUCUGCCAAGACCAAAACUAGGGUUGUAAUUAUUUGAUUAAGUCUUUUAUGCAAUGGAUCAAUGUAAGUCACUUUGACCUGUUGUCCUCACUUUUGUCCACAAGAUGGGAGAACACUUUGAACUUACCAGGGGUCCUGGGUAGAUCAGUCUAUUUGUUGAAAUGGUUUCACAUCCAGAAGCCUUAUGCCUAGGCUGUGUGGAGAAAAGUAGGGUGCCACGAAGUCCAGGAACCAUCCAACUCAAGGCCAACCAUCUGCUGUCAGUCUGGCUUAAAAAACAGACUUAAAAGUGCUAAGUUGUGUGCAUCCAACUAAACAAAGUUCUUCUGAGAGUCAUCCCCAGUCAAGUUGUUCUGGCUUGAGGAGGGUGACAGUUCAGUAUGGUAGGAUGUUCUAGAGGAAAGGUUCUGAAUUCUGGGUGCACAUUAGGAUCACCUGGCCAGCUUUUAAAAAAACAUUAUAAACUUGACACAAGGGCAUCAAGCUCUGAGACUGGGAUUCAGUAGCUUUGGGUUGGGGCGUGGCGCCUAUGCUCUGGUUUAGAACUUCAGAGGUCCUCAUGUGCAGCCAAAGCUGAAAGCCUUUUGGUUAGAGCUUGUAGUGAACCCUAUUUGAAACUUUAAAGAAUGGCUUAGCAAAUUAAGGGUUUGGUUUUUAAUUGUUAGUCAUGAGGGACAAACUGAGUAUUGAUCAGUAACAGAGCCUAGGCAGCUGUAAGAGAGUUUCACGCUAACCUUUGCGGAACUCAGGAACAUACUCCAUAAAGUACAACUGCACAGGUCACAUUUGAGAAACUUAGAGCUUUUGAGAGAGAAGGGUGACUUGAGUAUAUGUAUGAGGAGAAUUUAAAAUGUCAUCUUCAUUCCCAUUUGUGAGGGGAAAAUGUAGGGUUUGUCAUAAUUGUUGACUAAUCAAACAUGAAGGUUUCUGGGAAGUGAUCUUUGAAAUUUAACAUGGAAUUAAGUUAGCAGUCCCUUUUGUGGUCAGACUUGUUCUUUUGUUUGUCCCCAUGCCUAAAUUCAUGUUGGCUUUCUUAGAAUAAGAGUAGGCCCAUUUACUGCCAGAGCACAGGGAAAGGUUAUGAUCAUCUUGCUAUCACAUGGUGGCAGUGGUAUACCUACAACAGAAGAUAAAAACCCUUAUUCUUUUUAAUAAUACUCUUUGCAGAAACCAUAAGAAAACCUAAACAUUCCUAGAUAAGGAUUUUUGAAAUUUAAAUAUGGCUAGGAAAUAAGCAUGGGAAGGACAUAUGGACUGACAUCCAGGGUAUUCACAGGGGUGGCCAGACAAAUGAAUAUUGAUGCCUUGAAGCCAAAAAUCACACUGUGAAAUCAAAUGUCUCAUCAAGUAAACAGCAGGAAGCUCUUUAGGCUGUGUUCUCUAGACUCACAAAUGUCCUCUGUGGUCUGGUUGACAAAUGAAACCUCUUUAGAAAAAAUGCAAAGUGUUAUCUCAGCUGUCUAUGAACAUUUCAGUUCAGGGCAAAUAAUUAAUUUCUUCCAAAACAGAGCUCUGUUUCCAUGGCCCCACACCAUCUCAUUCCCUUUCCUUGUCUUCGGUGGAAGUUAAUGUAAUCAUGCCAGAUUCAAUGUAAACCACCACCAAUGCAUUUAGGGAAGAUUGGUAGCAAGGCAAUUGAGCAACUCAUCAGAGGUAAAAGUCAUCUACUUGGAAACCUGUCUUGUCCCCACUGUGAGUUCUAAGAGGUAUAUCAAAAAGCUGACUAUCUUGUUCAUUGUAAAAUGUAAACUGGAAUGAGGGUACCUGCUAAGUAUAUGCCUUCUUAUUCCACCUCAGAAGUGAGGGAGCUUGACAAACUUUCACCCCUGCCUUUUGAUGUUGAUUCUGUAGGUCAUUUAGUGCAGGCAGGAAUCUGUCAUAUACAUUAGACUGGUAUUAUUGAGUUCUGGUCUCUUUUGUUGUUCUUUAAGUGAUAUUCGCUUGCUAGUGUCAACUGCUGCAUUCUGAUACAGUAAGUUUUAAAGGUAUCUAGUGGCCAUGAAUCAUAAUUUAGGAACGACCCAUCUGAAUGCUGCUUUCACUACUCUGAUACCUGAAAAGACCUUCCUCCUUUUUCAAACCUAGUAAGAGCAACAUAUUAGAGAAUACUGUACAAAUGAAUGCUAGUGUCUAACCAGGAAAAGGAAGUAUACUCUUUGACAGUCCUUUCAAAAUAAGACCUAGAUAAACAAACUAUUCCUUUUUCAGUUUCAGUUUUCAUACUUUUAAAAAAAGUAGCAAACAUACCUUGUCUUGUCACCCAGUGGUAGUAAAAGUUGUAAAAAACAAAACCAAAGUUUUUGGUGUUAGUUUUAUUUUGUAAGCAGGGUAUAUUACAACUAUGGCCCAGAGGGAAAAGCACAGGCAGCCAGUUCUUGGCCACCUGAGCCUUGGGGAAGAUGAGAAGGGAGGUCUGUCUGCUGUACUACCUUUUAAAAAUGCGAGCUUAACAGAGUUGCCAAAUGUCACAGUCAACUGUCAACUCCUAGCCCUCAGAAAGUUGUCUGGGCCUGAAAAGGACUGUAAACAGCAUGAAGCACUUAACAUCUACUAUCUAAAGCACUUUUACCAUCCAGGUGUUACUGGAUGACUAACUUCAUGGACAUUUAGGGGCUGACUUUUGUCGUGUUUAUUCCCAUUGUGGGCUUUGAAGAAGCAGAGGAAUGAUUUUCAGUUAUGUGGAUCCUAAAUGUGUGGAUUUAUAAUUUCUCACUGAAAUCACUCAUUCAUCUAAAGUGUGACUUCAUAUUCAGGUCAGCUCCUUGUAGAUUAUCUUUUUAUUUUUUACAUAAAGUACAUCUAAUACUUAUUUGAAAGUGUCCAUUAAAAUCAUCAAAGGGGAAGGCCACCAAGAUUCAUUUAAUGUGUGAAAAACAAUUUUUUAAAGUAGAAUAAGAUGAAUUUAACAUGGAAUGAUGUGAUCUUCGGGGAACUUUUUAUAGAGGGCUUACAUAUUGUAUUUGGGGAGAAUUUUGUCUUCUACUUCCAUUCAACAGUAGCAAACUGGUGGUUUUAUAAGAUUAACAUAGUAUGUUAUAUAAACAUGUUAUAUAAAAUGACAUUAAAGUAUGUUAUAACUGUGAAAAAUUAAAGACUUGGAGUUAUCCGCAACUUUUAUGUGCAAUAAGGAAAACUGCAGUAGGCCCCCAAAGUGCUAUCUUUCCUUAGCAUUUUGCUUAAUGUUUGCCUUUGUAUAGAUGUUUACAUUGCUAUUGUAAAACCAGCCAUGUGUUUUCCUGCCCUUUACUGAUAUUGAACACAUUUUCACGUUUUCUCAAAGCUUUUUUUUUUUUUACAAAACUGAAAAUAAAAUGAUUAACUAGCUGA